CACCAACAUCUACAAGUCUUCUUCGUCAGCUCUGCUUCAGACAUAUAAGCUACCGAUACACUUUCUCUCGUGCUACACGCAGAGAAACGCUAUCGUCCUUCACCAUGGCUCGCAAGUUCUUCGUUGGUGGUAACUUUAAGAUGAACGGAACAUCUCAAUCAAUUUCCGACAUCAUAACCAACCUCAACAAUGCUAAGCUUGAUGCCAACACCGAAGUCGUUAUCUCCCCUCCAGCCAUCUACCUUCUCCUGGCCCGCAGUCAAGCAAAUGAGAAAAUCGGCGUCUCUGCUCAAAACGUUUUUGAUAAGCCAAACGGAGCCUUCACAGGAGAGCUUAGCGUUGAUCAGUUGAAGGAUUCUAAGAUCAACUGGACUUUGACCGGACACAGCGAGAGAAGGGUUAUCCUCAGGGAAGACGAUGAUUUCGUUGCACGCAAGACAAAGGCCGCUAUUGAGGGUGGAUUGAGUGUGAUUGUCUGCAUCGGAGAGUCUCUCGAGGAGCGAGAGGCCGAAAAGACCGUCGAUGUCGUCACCAGACAGCUACAAGCCGUUGCUAGCAAGAUUUCCGAGCAGCAAUGGGCCAACAUUGUUAUUGCCUAUGAGCCAAUCUGGGCUAUCGGAACCGGAAAGGUCGCCACUACCGAGCAGGCCCAGGAAGUCCACGCUUCUAUCCGUGAGUGGCUUGCCAAAACUGUUUCCCCUGCCGUCUCCGAGGCCACCCGUAUCAUCUAUGGUGGAAGUGUCAACGAGAAGAACUGCCGUGAGCUGGCUAAGCAAAAGGAUGUCGAUGGAUUCUUGGUUGGAGGCGCCAGCUUGAAGCCUGCCUUUGUCGACAUCAUCAACGCUCGACUAUAA